AAAAGUCACAGCACUAUGGAUAAUCUCCAGAAGAGGAAUCUAACUUUUUUUACCAUUGGACUAAUAUUUAUGCUCAGCGGCAUCGAAUAUGCUGUCAUUCUGCCUACAAUAUGGCGAUAUCUCCAGAUCCUAGAGGCGCCUCCAUAUUUCUUGGGUCUGGGUCUGUCUGCUUUCAGUCUAAGCGGGCUUCUCACUGGACCACUGUUUGGCUGCUGGUCAGACCGCAGCAGAACCACCAAGGCUAUUAUUCUUUUUGCCAAUCUUUUUGAGAUUGCUGGUAACUUCAUGUAUUUUAUCGGCUAUUCCAAGUGGCUGUUAGUAGGCAGUCGUCUUGUGACAGGUGUCGGCGUAGGAGCGGGAUCCUCCAUCUUCGGUUUCCUGACUCAGAGCACCCGGCCAGAGGAACGAGCCAGUGUCUUUGCGGCCAUCAUGGCCAGUCGACAAGUUGGCCUACUUGUGGGGCCGGUGUUCAACCUGUUUCUGCGGCUGUGUAAUUUCAAACUUGGACCCUUUGUUGUCAACAAGUUUACAUCUCCUGGGCUCUUCAUGUGCUUGUUGUGGUUGCUGCUCCAGUUUGUGGUCCUGGCAAUGUACUGGGAUUUACCGGACAUUGACACCACAGAGGGGGCAGUCCUGAUGAUAGACAUGAAACUGGAGGAAGACGAGGUGGAUGAAGUCGAGCCUCUGAUUGGAUCGGAUGGUACGCAGGUGCACACUUACAAAGCUGUCAACUCCAACCGGUUGGAGUCCCCCACUUCAUCUGAAAUGCAAACUCUCCACGAGGCCUCCUCAGUUGGAUCCAAAGCGUUAGGUAACUUCAGCAUGAGUGGAGAGUUCCUGAGGGAGGAGGUGAUUGUUCUUCUCACAGCUCAGUUCAUCACUCUCUUCAAUCAGACUGCGCUGGAGACCAUGGUGACUCCUCUGACGCAACGCUACUUCGGCUUCGACGAGUUGGGCAACAGUGUGAUGUACAGCCUGUGUGGGGUGGAAGUCAUCCUGGGCUUCCUCUUUGUUCGCUGGCUGAGCGGGAAGGUGGCCGACCGUGCAGUGCUGGCUGUGGGCCUGGUCAUCUGUUGCACCGCCUGUAUCUGGUGCCUCGUCUUCCUCUGCAACCUCCGAGGCAGCUACGAGUGGAAGCUGUCGGCUUUCAUUAUUGGAGUGUUCCUGCAGCUGUUGGGGCUCCCGUUUGUGGCAGUGUCUCAGGUGUCUCUCUUCUCCAAAGUCACAGCGGAGAAAACACAAGGGUUUAGCCAAGGUGUAAGACGAUCAGUCGGGGGCCUGGCCACCAUCUUGGGUCCUUUGUGGGCUGGAGGCUUGACCAAUCAUUUAUACAUAAUGAUAGGCAUGAUGUUGGGUCUCCUCUUAUUGGUCGCAUUUAUGACGGCGUUGUCGUACGGCCGCCUGACUCUGCCGAGAGUUGCGCAGAGUGCACGGAGCUCCGACAGUGGGGGAUAGACGGAAAGAGCCGGAAAAGGCUUCACACAGAGGGGAAGGCCCUUCAUCUCCGAGAAGAUCAAUGCAGGCGGACUGCGGAGGAAAAACUUUUGAUUUUGAAAUAAAACAUCUCGUCAUCAAUGGUGGGAAGUAACAAAGAACAAAUACUUCGUUACUGUACUACACAUGACUUGAGUAUUUAUAUUUCUGAAGACUUUCUACCUCUACUUCCUAACUUUUGAAAACAGAUAUAUUUAAAUUGUGUUCUCCUUACUUUGCCAUAAGAGGCUGUUACGGUUUUUCAAUGUGUUGUUUUGUGCCAGCCUGAAAACCAACAGUUUCUGGUGUUAAAAAAAAUCCCCAUCUAAUCUGAAAAACAACAUCAGCAAAAGAAACACAAUCAACAGGUAAGGUGUAUUUUUUUCCACUUAUCAUUAGUUAGUUCAUUAUGUUGUUUGGUUUUGUUCAUCCAGGACCACUUGUCAGUUCAGUCCUAAUUGUGAUUUUUUUUCUCCUUCACAAUACGAGUACGGUGCAAGUUAAUAAAAGA